UGCCAGUGACCUCUCUCAUGUCUCUGGCCACAACAGCUCCCUAGAGAGGAGCGCCAGAGCCGUCUCUGUAUCCUCUGGAUUUACGAUCCCUAGAUUUCUAGCCGGACCAUUUGGGGAGGUGCUCUACAUCUUAUUUCCGGUGGCGGAGAGGUGCAGUUGCCAUGAAUGGCCAUCAGUCCCAAAAGUGAUGCAGCUUUCUUCAUUCAGAAAUCAGUGCUUUCAGAGAGUCCUCGAACAAAGAAAUGUCCACUAACUGAAGAAGAGAUAUUUUAUAAGAAUUGUAGAGCUGCCUACUUAACUGUUUUCAAAAGCAGCUUAGACAACAUCAUUUCUAAAGAUCAACUUUACUUAGCUCUUCAGCAUGCAGGAAGAAAUCCAUCCAAAAAGAUCAUUAAUAAGUAUUGGACUCCUCAAACUGCCAAACUGAAUUUUGAUGAUUUUUGUAUAAUUUUAAGGAAGGAAAAACCUACUUCAAAAGCAGAACUGCUGGAAUCAUUUAAGCAAUUAGAUGUAAAUGACGAUGGCUCUAUUUUACACACUGACCUUUAUAAACUUCUAACAAAGAGAGGUGAGAAGAUGACUCAAGAAGAAGUAAAUGCCAUAAUAAAUUUGGCUGAUGUAAAUGCUGAUGGCAGAUUUGACUACAUGAAGUUUUGUAAAUUAUAUAUGACAACCAAUGAGCAAUGUCUUAAAACUACUCUAGAAAAACUGGAGACUGACAGUAAAUUGAGGUGUCAACGGUUUGGAAGCCACAUUGAAGUGUCUCCUGAAAGGGACCCAUUACCAAUAACAAAAUCGCCUAGAAUCAUAAGAAAAACUGAUCAGGAAAUAUUCUCAAGUAAAGGUGACACCAGGAGUUCUUUACUGACAACAACGAGGAAAUUCAAAACGUCAGUUUCCUUCACAAUUACCAUGAGUGCUAAUAGUAACCAAAACUCAAAGUUAACUGAGCCUAACUCAAUAAAGGAGUGGCAAUUUGUACAGUCAAAAGGCUGCUUUUUCUUAGAAGAAGAUGGUGAAAUCAUUAGUCAUCAAUACAGGAUGCAAGUAGUUCAGAGAUCCAUGGUUUAUCUAACAAUUAAACCAUUAAACCUGUGUCAAGUUGAAGGAAAACCAUCCCCUUGGUUAUCAGUUGAUACUGCUUUAUAUAUUCUUAAGGAAAAUGAGAGUCCAGCAAAUCUACAGCUCAUGUGUUUUACUGAACUACAUAGUAGAGAAGUGUUUGGAUGGACUGGUGAACUAGGACCUGGAAUUUACUGGCUAAUUCCUUCCACAACUGGCUGUAUUCUGAGAAAAGAAAUAAAAACAAUAGCAGAAGAAGCCCAACUUGUGUAUAGAGAUGAAACAGGGGAAUUAUUUCUUACAAAGGAAUUUAGGUCAACUUUGUCAGAUAUAUUUGAAGUAAUUGAUUUAGAUGGAAAUGGUCUUCUUAGCCUUGAAGAAUAUAAUUUUUUUGAAUUGAGAACAAGUGGUGAGAAAUGUGAUGAAGAUGCUUGGGCUGUAUGCAGAGAGAAUUUUGAUACUAAAAAGAAUGAACUAACAAGGCAGGGCUUUAUGGAUCUGAAUCUCAUGGAAGCCAAUGAUCGAGACGGAGAUCCUCGUGACCUUUGGGUAACUCUACACUCAAUGGGCUACAAUAAAGCUCUGGAAUUGACAGAGGCAUGCCCAUUUGUCAUCGACAUCUAUGCAGACAAAUGCAAGCCAAGAAUUAAAGCUGUCUAUAUGGAGGCAUGCAGUGGGCAACUUGAGAAGGCAAUUUGUAAAUCUGUCCUUAGCAAAGGCGAUGCUAAAAUAAUGGAUGGCUAUGAAAAUAUAAUUGUACAUACUUAUAAACAUGACACCUGGAUAACAUCAGUUAUUGAAAACAAGUCAGAUAAUAAAGUGAUUAUUCAUGUCAACAAUGAGCUAAGUAAAAACUGCAUAAACAACAGAGGACUUAACAUAUUUGCAGUAGAAGUGGCACCAAAAUCUACGAUGGUUUGUCAACAUGUAAUGCCUCUGAAUGAACGACAAGAAUGGAUAUAUUACUGUGUGUAUUCCCUUAUAUCUUAAAGCUGCUUUUUAGGAAAUAAUUCUACUUGACGUUAUCAAAUUAAGAAGAUUUACUUCAGGUUUAGUCUAUUUGUUGAUCAACUAAGUGCUGAUUUAACUGAUAUAUAUAAAUAAUAAUCUAACUUGUAUGAAUUUAUAUUUUAUGCUUGUUAUAUAUUUUAUUAUUGAAAUAUAAAUAGUGCUUUUAUGUGUGGCCUUAUUAAUUUAACGAGAAAUCUAGGCGCAUUUCAUUUACAAAUAGCAAAUCAAAAAAAAUUACAAGUAAGCUUUUAAAAAACUUGAAUUAUACAAAAUUCUAUACUCUUGGUUUAUCUUACUCAUCAAGAAAAGCUAAAAUAAAAUGUAAAUGGGCCAGCUGCAGCAAGUGCCUUGAGCUCUUGCUCUUGCUUCUCACUGUCUGUCCCAGGACCUUGGCAGGUUCCCAGACCUCUAUCUAAACCAGUACUGUUGGAAGCAUUUGCCUGUGGGAGGACCAGGAGCCUCCUGGGCCCCUUUUCCUUCCAUCUGCUGCUGGUAUCUCAGAGCCCAUUCCACGCCUGCCUUUUCACCAGCAGCUUCUGCCUCCUGCUGCACCUCUUCAGCUUUGAGCUGGUGCUCUCCCCCAGGGCCCUGCAGGUGCGGAAACCCAGGUCCUGUUUCCACCAUUGCCUACACUGGGGACCAUUCACCAAGCAGCCAAAAUUGGAGUGACAGGUAUAGAGUCGGAUGUUGAGUUUACUUCUCAUGGGAUUCUUAUCUUAAAGCACCAUAGCACAAUAGAUAGGAUGACUGAUGGGACUGGUCAAUGUGUGAUUUGAUAUUUGAACAAAUUAGAAAGCUUAAUUCUGCAGUAAAUCAUAGAUACAGGAAUGAUUUCCCUGAUGAGAAGAUUCCUAUCUUGAGGGAAACCAGUGUCAAGUACCUGAACCAUCACCUCACAAUUUUCUUUGAUAUCAAAGGCCAUGUAAAUACGUAUAUGGAGUUCCUCAACUAUACAGUAAUGGUAUCAUCUGCUCUUUCUUGCCAGAAAAUUAUCUGUAAGCUAAUAUAAACAGAUCAGAAUGUAGUAACUGCUUUGACUCACAGAUCUUAGAGCAUUAGCCAUUAAGCAGAUGGGAACCCACACUGUGAUACUGUAUGUUUCAGUCCACUUUUGUGGUAAUGGGCAGUUUACCUGACUAGAGCAUGCAUGAUAUCUUGUGGAACCUGUGUGGAAUUUCAGCUUUUCUCAUGGGAAAGGAUUUUGUACCUCUGGACUACUUGAAGAAGUGGUCAGCUAAAGGGGAAAUUUUCCUGUCUUCCCUACUAGGUUUGCUUGAUGGUCUACUAAUUAAACUGACAUAAGAUAGAUUAACAGGAGAAAAACAUUUAAUUGUAUAUGUAUAAAAACCCCACAAAGGCAAGACUCAAAGGCAAUCAGGCAAUUGAGGCUUAUAUACCAUCCUGAGCAAAGAAAGGGGUAACGGCCUGUGGUGUAAAAGGGGAGGAAGACAAUUCACAGGUAGAUGAGAAGAGCAAAGGUUUGCUAUGCCAUGCAGAUAAGUCUCUCAGGUAAAAAAGCUAUCUCUAGUAAUAGCUCUUUUCCUAGUACAGACUCCCUAUCUAAAUUUUUUUUAGGCAGUUAAGGGAGAGAGAAUAAGCUUUUACUGAGUCUGCUGUGUCUUAAUUGCCUUCAGCUCAAAAAAAUCUACAUACCAAAGUGGCACGUUUUGGGGUGGCAUAUUCUCCCCUCCUUCAAUAUCUUUGAUGAGAAAAUGUUACUACAAAUCUCAUCUUGGUUCCAGCUGUAUCACCAACACCAUCUUGGAAGUCAGCAUGUCUCAGCUCUAGACUUUCCCCCUGAGAAGGAAAUGUGUACAGAAACUGCUUUCUGGCCUCAUGGAGAGUUAUCAAAAUACUCCUUGGUAGCCCAAGCCCUGGGGAUCAGGUGACUCACAAAAGGAAUAGUCAGUAAUUGCAUUUUUACCUGAACCAAAGCAAAACCUGGUUUUGUCACCUUGCUCGAUGGAACACCUGAAUUUCACACUGUUGCUCUUGAAAGUCUGGAUCUGCAAAAGACACACCCCCUCUCCUUGACCUAGCUCAGGCAUACACUUAAACGCAGUGAGGAUAAGCACCAAUUGAGUUGUGCAGUGUGGAGGUGGAGAAGCAACUGAAUGGGAAAUGCAUGAUCACUCAGAGUUGACAUUUUAAAAUAUUUAAAAUUUCUUAUUUCAAAUAUUCUGCUGUUAUCAAUGUAAUGUAGAUGUCAAGUUACACACUAAUAAAAUCAUUAAAAGAAAGAAAAGAAAAUGUAAUGCAAAAAAUCCAUUUAAUUACACAUUUAUUUAGUAUCCCAAUCAGAAUAUUAAUUAAAAAUAAUAAAAGCAAAAUUUGGAGAAGCUGAUUUUUAUAUUAAGCCCAAAUCUAAUCACAAUAAUAGGAUAAGUGUGUUCUGACUGUAAAUGUUUAUGAAUUUACUUGUGAAUUGCUUUCAAUUAAAUGUAUUUUGGAAUAAUAGGAAUGAAAUCUGAAUAGCAUUUAAUGAAGACUGGUUCAGUCCAUGAAAAACUAUAUUAAGCAAAUAAAAAUUGUAUAACCAUACAAGUAACAGAAUACUCAGCUAGCAACUGUCAGCUUUUGAAAUAUGAAUACUAUUAUGGCAUUAGGUUAUUUUUGUGCCCAGUAUAUGCUAGCACAUAGUUUAAAUGUCAUUUGAUUUUGGGUGCUUGGUGUAAAUAUCUGUAAAUAGGUUGUCAUCAACUAGCAGGUUGAAUUCUUAAGAUGACGUGCUUAAAAAGUAAUGCAAUGUGAAAAUGUUUUAUUAAUUGCUAGAUGCUUUGUAAAUACAAUAAAGGUGAUUAUAUAUUGCAUUUUCCAAAGUGUUGAGUUGCAGGGAAUUAUCUGGCUAUAUUACCAGAAGCAUGUAAUAGGCUGUACUACCAAAAGCAUGUAAUAAAGUUAUCUUUGUUCCAAGA